AUGCCAUCGCCCGACCGCGGCGUCCGCCUCUCGUACCUGCGCCACUUUAUCAACAGCCACGGCGGCGAGUCUAGCUUUGCUGGCAAGACGACAGCCCAAGUCUGCUUUGAGUUUGUCGUGCCAAUGACCAAGCCAACCGAGCUCUCGCUCGUCGACCACGUCGCCAACGACCCAACGACCGCCGAUUACGUCUCACCAGCCAACUGGUAUGUUUCGCACGCCUGGCAGUACCUCUUCUUGGAGACUGUCGACAGCCUCGAGCGCUUCUUCGCCGACCGCGGUCUCGCCGACGACGCUGUCAUUUGGUUUUGCGUCUUCAACAACAACCAGCACCUCGCGAGCUCGUACCCGUUCGAGUACUGGUCGACAACGUUCAAGAAUGGUCUCGCAGCCAUCGGCAACGUGGUCAUGAUCAUGCAUCCGUGGAACGACCCGAUCGUGCUUCGGCGAAGCUGGUGCGUCUUUGAGGUCUACGUGGCCGUGACCAUGGGCGCGCGCUUUGAGAUUGCACUGGCGCGAGAUCAAGAAGCCACCGAAAACUCGGAGGCAACCGUCCCAAGUGACCGCGACGGUAUUUUUGGGCUCAUUCGCGCCGAGACGUCGUUCAUCGCGGUUGAUCGGCUCAUCUUUUCGACUUUAUCCAGCUGGAUCAAGACGGCGCUCGAGGCCUCGAUCGCAUCGACGCCAACGCCUGUCGCCAAGGCAGCGCGGUGGCUCCAACUCGGCAUCAUCUACCAAAAUGAAGUCGACCACGCCGAAGGCGAGCGCUGCUUUCGGCGCGCGGUCGCCUUGUUUGCAGAGUACCGGGGUCCAUUCGACUAUGAUACGCUCCAGACGCAGGCGACGCUGGCGUAUGCCAUAGCGUACCAGCGCAAGCCUCGACGCGAGUGGGAACCGUUGAGUCUUUCGACGAUCCGCGAUGCCACCGAGCAUCUUGGGGCGACACACAACGUGACGCUGCAUGCACGGUCGAGCUACGCGCUGGCGCUCAGCUGGAACAACGACGACGUCGCGGCCUUGGCGGUUCACAUGGACCUCUACGACAUUUGGCGGCAUCAGUACGGCAUCCGCGACUGGCACACGGCGGGGACCAUGAACAAGAUUGGCAUGUGCCACUUCAAGCUCGGCGCUCUUCGAGUUGCGGCCCGCUGGCUGCAAAAGUCCUUGCCGGUGCUGGAAGCUCACUUUGGUGUUGACCACUCGGAGACGACACAGACAACAUCGUACCUCGCCGGCGCGUUCACGUACUCGGGCCAGCAGCUCAAGGCUCUGCCGCUGCAGCAACGGCUUGUCGAGACGAGCGAGCGCAUUCUCGGAGCCGACAACCCCGACACAAUAGUUCACAAGAUGAAUGCCGCGAUUCUUCAUAUCAUGGCCGGCCAGACCCGCGACGCUGCCGCGCAGCUCCUUCCGCUCGAACGCUCGCUCGCAUCCCGCGCUACGCAGUCCCAGCAGCUGGCCGACCAGCUUCGCGACGGUACCGUCUAUUGA